GACAAAUGGGUAUUAACCUCGGGCUUUAUUAUAAAAAGUGCAAGUGACGUAUAAAAUGCCCGUGCAAAAACACAAAAGCUAAAGCUUAUAGACGGCUAGCAAUGGCGUGUGACAGUGCAACCUAGCGUGAUGGUGCUAAAGUCAGUAUGACAACGUGGAUGGCGCUGUUCGGGCUAGUAUGGCUGCUACGCGUGCGGGGUUCGCUGUGCGGCUGCGCGGCGUGCAAGCGCGCGCGGCACGAGCACGACACGCAGCCCGGCCCGCGUACGCCCAGUCCCGACGAACGCGCGCCCUUUGACGUCAUCACCCUGCAGCGGUACACGCGCGACGUCACCGUGCAGACCGACUUCGAUGAUGAAGACGAUUUGGAUAAGAUCGAGCUUCAGAUCACGGAAGAAUCAAACGUUGGCAACUUCGAAGGCGGGCGGGAGCAGCCGGCGCAAAGCCCGGAAAGCGCCCGUCGCGGGCCAGGAAGCUACCAGCCAUCUGAUUCUGAUAACGAAUCCGUUUGGGAGACUUCGGACGUGACAUUGGAGCGGAGCGCCGGCGGGCUCGGGUUGAGCAUCGCGGGCGGAGAGACCGGCGGGGACGUCAGCAUCACACGCAUAGCCGAGCACGGUGCGGCCAGGAAGGAUGGCCGGUUGCAAAUUGGCGAUGUGUUGUUACAGGUUAAUGACGUUUCGGUGGAGAAUGCCCCUCAUUCUGUAGCCGUUGACGCUCUACAAAUGGCUGGAAAUGUUGUAAGAUUACGGGUUCGUCGAGCCCGGCGCCCGCGAGUGAUCACACUGUGGCGAGGGGCGCGGGGCUUAGGUCUCGGCAUCGCAGGCGGAGCGGACGACGCAGCGGGCGGCGCAGGCGUUUUCGUGUCGCACAUCGCGGUCGGCGGCGCGGCGCACCACGACGGCAGACUGAGGCUAGGUGAUAAGAUAUUGGCUGUAAGGGAUGAAGAUGGUAUAGAAACGUCACUAAUAGGGGCGACCCAUGCGCAAGCUGUGACAGCCCUGCGGAGCACAGGCGAACAGGUGUCGCUGGUCGUCCUGCCCGCUGGAUCCUUUCCGCCCGUUGCCAGAACAGCUCCGCUUUAUUCUACUAAAACUCAAGCCACGUCGUGUUCCACGCUUCAUGAACUUUUGGAAGAGGAGCCGAGUGAAAUCCCGAGGUGCGUCCGAAUGGUCCGACUAGUCCGUUCCGGGUCCCGUCUCGGUAUGGACAUAGUUGGCGGCCUCGGCGGGGAAGCGGACACGGCGAGCGGCGUCGAAGACGAUGCUUGCGGUGUCUUUGUGUCCGGAGUUUCGGUAGGCGGGGCAGCGUACGGCAUGCUCCACCGAGGCGAUAGGAUACUGAGUGUUGACGGACGGGACUUGACGCGGGCCACGCAUGAACAGGCUGCGGCGGCAUUGAAGCAGUACUCCGGCGCAGCGGUGUCGAUAGCGGCGCAGUACCAGCCGGAGCAGUACGAGCGGCUGCGCGCGCGCAUACGCGCGAUCAACGCUGCCGCCGCCGCGUCGCCGCACGCGCAUCGCCACGCUACCCACGUGCCCGUGCAUCCUGAACACGCUGUAUACCCAAGGCAGGCAUGGUUUUGCUUACAAACGAACGUUUUUAGAAGAUAUAAUACACUACCGCUCAUAACUAUUUAG